GGCUCUGCAGCGCGUGCAGAGGAGAGAAGAGCGCAGCCGCGUCACCAUGUCGCCUUCAGCCUGAACUUUCUUUCCGCUUCCUCAGGAGUUUUGAUUCCCAGUUUGAUCCAGUUUUUCCUCCUCCGCGCAGCCGCGUGAUGCCCGCCGGGAUGUUUAGCAUCGACAGCAUCCUGUCCGGACGGCCGAGCUGUAAGGAGCCGCUGCUGCUGCACCGGAGCGGCCCCGUGGUGCUGCCCGCCGGCCUCACGGACACGAUCUACACCGACUACAGCGGACUGUACUCGGCCGCCCGCGGACCGUCCCCGCCGGGGGUCCACGCUUUGAGCGGGGCAAGGAUCGGAUAUAACGGCUACUACUAUGGACAGCUGCAGGUCCAGGGGCCCGGAGGAGGUCCGCCUUGCUGCGGGGCCGUGCCCGGCCUCAGUCCGCAGCAGUGCCCCUGCUUCCCCGCAGGCUACGACAGCCCGGCCUCGGUGCUCCUGUCCCCGGUUCCUCACCACAUGAUGUCCUACAUGAACAUGGGCAGCCUGUCGCGGACCGAGCUGCAGCUCCUCAACCAGCUGCACUGCCGCAGGAAGCGCAGGCAUCGAACCAUCUUCACCGACGAGCAGCUGGAGGCUCUUGAGGGCCUUUUCCAGGAGACCAAGUACCCAGACGUGGGGACGCGGGAGCAGUUGGCCCGGAAAGUUCACCUGCGGGAGGAGAAAGUCGAGCCUUUGCGCCGUGACGUCACGGCCUAUAAGAGCAACCCCGCGCGCAGCAGUUCGCAUCCUGAACGGGAGCUGGCUCUGCAGCGCGUGCAGAGGAGAGAAGAGCGCAGCCGCGUCACCAUGUCGCCUUCAGCCUGA